AUGACGGAUGUAAUGUUAACCGAUGAUCAAGCAUUGGGAAAUGUAGCAACUGAUAUUCGUGUGUUUGGAAAAUGGAGUGGAGCUGAUGUAGCAAUCACCGAUAUGUCACUUGAAGAUUAUAUUCUUGGUGCAAAACAACCAAAAUUUCUUCCACAUUCAGCCGGUCGUUAUCAAGUAAAACGUUUCCGUAAGGUAACAUGUCCGAUUGUGGAACGUCUUGUAUGUUCACUUAUGUUCCAUGGACGUAACAACGGUAAAAAACUAAUGGCUGUUCGUAUCGUCCGACAUACCUUCGAAAUAAUUCAUUUACUUACUGGCGAAAAUCCACUUCAAGUACUUGUUAAUGCUAUAAUUAACAGUGGACCACGUGAAGAUUCUACACGUAUUGGUCGUGCUGGUACAGUUCGACGACAAGCUGUCGAUGUUUCACCAUUACGACGAGUCAAUCAGGCACUUUAUUUAAUUUGCACUGGCGCACGAGAUUCAGCCUUCAAAUCGGUUAAAACAAUCGCUGAGUGUCUUGCUGAUGAAUUAAUCAAUGCUGCUAAAGGAUCAUCGACAUCAUUCGCAAUCAAACGUAAAGAUGAACUUGAACGUGUUGCUAAAUCAAAUCGUUAA